AUUUUAAAAUAAAGUUGUCAACAAAACUAAUUUAACUGGCUAAUUUUUAGUUUGUUUCGGAAUUAUUUUUAUAAAUUCAACUUUUAAACAUCCCUGAGAAUUUUUGUUGCAACUGCAAAUGUGGCUAUAAGUUAAUAUAAAAUCACCUGGAACUAAAUCCGGUCAAUUUUGCGGCCACCUCAAAUGGUGCGGGUCUAAAGUCCAAGGGUCAUUCGUUUUGUUUUCCCCAUUUUAUAUGCACCUAUUUAUUCAGUCCUGGGUCUUGGUUAUCUCAAGCAAAGUUCAUUUCAGUGAUUAUAUUUUGCUAGUCAAAGUUUAGGUCCACAAUAGUUGAACUGGUGGCUGAGUUAUGGCAUUUUCACAGUUUGCAAAAAUUCUUGUAAGGAACAGCCUUAGGCCAUUGGCUUCCAAGAAUUACAGCAGCAGCCCUAUACCAAAUGGCUAUAACUUCGAGCUGAAUGAUACUCAGAGGGAUUUCCAAGAAACUGCUAGAAAGUUUGCCAGAGAAGAAGUUCUUCCGGUAGCUGCGGAAUAUGACAAGACGGGAAAUUAUCCAUGGGAUAUCUUCAAGAAAGCUCAUCAAUUGGGAUUGGUAAACACUCACAUUCCGGAGGAAUUUGGUGGAUUAGAGACGGGUGUCUUUGAUGGUUGUCUGGUUAUCGAAGAGAUUGCAUAUGCCUGUACUGGAGUGGCUACAGCUUUAGAAGCAACUUCACUAGGACAAACUCCAGUCCUAAUAGCUGGCAAUAAAGAACAGAAAAAGAAGUACCUUGGACGGUUGAUAGAUGAGCCAUUGGUAGCUGCUUAUGGCGUUACUGAGCCUGGAGCGGGUUCCGACGUUAACGGUCUCAAAACGCGGGCCGAGAAAAAGGGGGACGAAUACGUUCUUAAUGGGCAAAAGAUGUGGAUUACUGGAGGCGGAGUUGCUAACUGGUACUUUGUUCUGGCGAGAACUAAUCCGGAUCCAAAAUGCCCAGCAAGUAAAGCCUUCACUGGGUUCAUUGUGGAAAGAGAUUGGCCCGGAGUAACACCUGGAAGAAAGGAAAUUAAUAUGGGCCAAAGAGCAUCCGACACCCGCGGCAUUACAUUCGAAGAUGUCCGCAUUCCAAAGGAAAACGUUCUCAUCAGUGAAGGCGAAGGUUUCAAGAUUGCCAUGAUGACGUUUGAUAAAACCAGACCUCCAGUGGCAGCUUCAGCAGUUGGCUUGGCGCAAAGGUGCCUUGACGAAGCUUCGAAAUAUGCGCUGGAACGUAAAACCUUUGGCACAUCGAUCAUCAACCAUCAAGCUGUGGCUUUUAUGUUAGCAGACAUGGCUAUCGGCAUUGAAACUGGCCGACUGGCGUGGAUGAAGGCAGCAUGGGAAACCGAUAAUGGUCUUAGAAACAGUUACAGUGCCGCUAUUGCUAAAGGAUGGGCGGCUGACAUGGCAAAUAAAUGUGCAACUGAUGCUGUUCAGAUCUUUGGCGGAAAUGGUUUCAACAGUGAAUAUCCCGUGGAAAAGCUAAUGAGGGACGCGAAAAUCUUCCAGAUCUACGAAGGAACAUCUCAGAUUCAAAGAUUGAUCAUUUCGAGACAUUUAGCGGACCGCGCAAAGACCCUAAUUUAAAUAAUCACCUAUUUUCUAGGAAGGUCACGAUUGAUUCGCGAAUUGAGCAAACUAAUCAACAAUUUCAACAGAAGUCGUUGGUUUAUGCAAACAUACUUUAGUUUUACAUAGUUUUUUAUUAUCCUUUUUUUAAUAUUCUUUAUUCGUGUGAUCAUUGCUUUUGAAUGAUAUUUCAUAUUUAUUAUUUUUGAUAAUGAUAUUUGUGAUGGAAAUGUACAUGAUAUUUUGCAAUUUAUCAGUAAAUGAAGUAAAGAAUA